UAUGCAAAUUACAUUCUUGACCAAAAGCAGUGACAGUCAUAUCAACAGAGGAAACAACCAGUUCUCCCGUAUGAGGAAGUUCUGUCGUUCAUUUACAGUGAUACUUCUCUGCUCACAAGUAACAGAAAACUCAGAGCAGCUGUAGCAAUGGCAGAGAUAAAGGAGAAGGAGGAGAUUAACUAUGCUUCAGUUGUGUUCAAAAACAAGAAUAAUCCCCCACCCGAAAUUAGAAAGGAAGACGAAAUUGUGUAUGAUGAAGUGAAGACACAAGACAAAACAGCCGAGCAAACUGGUGAAACAAAUGCAGGAAGGCAGCCCCACAAGGAAGCAAACAGCGGGUGGUUGCCUUGUUGUUUGGGGAUUCUCUGCAUCAUUCUGGUGUCGGUUCUCAUCGCACUCGGUGUCAUUCUUACAUUAAAACACAAGACUGAGCUGAAGCAGUUAAAAAAGAAACAAACGUCUCUGCUGGCUGACAAAAACAACCUGACAGAGCUCAACCACAAACUCAGCUCAGCCAAUCAAAACUUGACGAGGGAGCACAACAACCUGACUCGAGCCUGUGCUGUCUUAGAAAGCAACCUCACAGACCUGAAGUCCCAAAACCAGGAAGUGGAGACACAAAACCAGCAGCUGAAAGGACAAAUCACAAACCUGACGUCACAAACCCAGGAAGUGGGGACACAAAACCAGCAGCUGGAAGAAGAGAAGAACAACUUAACAGCAAGAAUACAAGAGCUGCAGAAACUAUGGAACCAGAACAUCAGCCAAGCUCAGAUGAGCGUUAAUCUCUACUGCCCCAUAAGAAAUGGUCAAAGAAAGUGUAAGCCUUGUCUGGAUCAAUGGACAGCCAAACCACCCAACUGCUAUGCGGUUAAUAACGCUGAGCCUCCUAAUCGGAAAACCUGGGAGAGUGCUAAAGAAGAUUGUAAAGAAAAGAAUUCAGAUUUGGCUGUCAUAGCUAAUGAACAGGAGAAGACAUCUGUUGGUGAAGCGCUUUGGGACGGCAUAACAUACAAUAAAUUCUGGAUCGGCCUGAGAGCUGAAAAUGGGAAAUGGAAGUGGCUCGAUGGAAGUGAACUGACUAAUAACUCCUGGAUACAACAACCAGCUACUGAUGGUCAAUGUGCACUUUUUCGUAAGUACAACAAAUGGAGAUCAGAGGACUGUAAUGAGAAAUAUCAAUGGAUCUGCCAACAGAAGGCUUUAACUCUGACUUGAGAAGGUUACAGGAGACUCUGUAAAUAUUAAUUACAUGUUAAAUAAAAUCAGCUGGCUUUAACAUAUCAAACUCUGAAAAAAUCUACUUAAAUUUAAAAC